AUGGCAAAAGGGUUACUGGAAGAGUAUGGCAAAUGGAACUCUAUAGAGCAAUCUAUAGCUGCCUUCCUGAUGGAAUAUACCUAUCACCAGAUGUUGGGCACAUAUUUUCAGAGGGAGAUAUUCACUAAUAUCAAUAAAAUCUUAGACUUCCGAGAAACUACAAAAAUACAGAAAACAUAUCCCAACACAUGGCAUAUCUUGCCUACCAGCAAUUUUGAAAUCCCAGUUCAUAAAAUUUAUCCUAGUCUUCUUGCAACUAAAAAUUCAUCAAAAAUAAUUAAACAAGAGUGUCAAGCAUUAAAAUAUGUGAUGUCAUUUGAAAAAUAUUUAAGAGACAUUGAUUCAAAUAAUGAAGCAGAUAAUAUCCAGAAACAGAGAAAAAGGGCAGCAAAUGAUCUAUUGUGUAUUUUAUAUGAGAAAUUGCACAGGGAUUUAAAAUCAGUGGUGAUUUGUCCUCAGAAGAUUAUUAUCAUAGUAUCAUUGAUUAAUGCUGAUAGUAGGCAACUGAUGUCACCAUAG